UAUGAGAUUGCCUUCCUGAUGCUGUUACUGCAAGCACAACACAAACAACCGGCUUCGACUCUCCAACGUCGUUGGAGUUGACUUACCCAUAAAUAAAUGAUAUAAUUGAAAUGGAUUAUGAGUUUAAAGUGAAAACGGCCAAUGAAAGGGCCAAAGUCGAAGACCUGUUUGACUACGAGGGCUGCAAAGUGGGCCGAGGCACUUAUGGCCAUGUCUACAAAGCUAGGAGGAAAGAUGGAUCUGACACCAAAGAUUAUGCAUUAAAGCAAAUAGAAGGAACUGGACUUUCUAUGUCAGCUUGUAGAGAAAUUGCUUUAUUGAGGGAGUUAAGGCAUUCAAAUGUCAUUACGUUAAUUCGAGUUUUCCUUUCACACAAUGAUAGAAAAGUAUGGCUACUUUUUGAUUAUGCCGAGCACGAUUUAUGGCAUAUAAUUAAGUUUCAUAGAGCUGCAAAAGCAAACAAGAAACCGGUCAUGGUACCUAAAGGAAUGGUCAAAUCUUUAUUGUAUCAAAUCCUCGACGGUAUCCACUACCUCCAUUCGAAUUGGGUUCUACAUAGGGAUCUUAAACCUGCCAAUAUUCUUGUAAUGGGGGAGGGACCAGAAAGGGGCAGGGUGAAAAUCGCUGACAUGGGUUUUGCUCGACUCUUCAAUGCCCCAUUAAAACCGCUCGCAGAUCUGGAUCCUGUGGUGGUCACAUUUUGGUACAGGGCACCGGAACUUCUUCUUGGUGCAAGGCAUUACACCAAAGCAAUUGAUAUUUGGGCCAUUGGGUGCAUUUUUGCAGAAUUAUUGACAUCAGAGCCGAUUUUUCACUGUAGACAGGAAGAUAUAAAAACUAGCAACCCUUAUCAUCAUGACCAGCUUGACAGAAUAUUCAAUGUUAUGGGAUUCCCUUUGGAAAAAGAUUGGGAAGAUAUUAAAAAAAUGCCUGAACAUCCAACGCUGUUAAAAGAUUUUAAACGAUCAAAUUAUUCAAAUUGUUCAUUAGUUAAAUACAUGGACAGGCAUAAAAUAAAACCAGAUUCUAAAGCAUUCCACCUUCUGCAAAAAUUAUUAUUGAUGGAUCCAAACAAAAGAAUCACAUCAGAAGUAGCAAUGCAGGAUCCUUAUUUUCAAGAAGACCCUUUACCAACGCAAGACGUGUUUGCUGGGUGUCCGAUUCCGUACCCAAAACGAGAAUUUUUAACAGAUGACGAUCAGGAUGAUAAGUCAGAUAAAAACAAUACACGACCAAAUCAAACUAAUAAUGGUGGUGCUGGUGGUGGUGGUCAGUCUGACCAGGGAAACAGUCACGGCCAUGGUGGUCCUAAUGCAAAACGUGUCCGUCUCUCCGGUCCGCCUCACCCUUCUGCGGGCAAUCCUAAUAACAUACAACAGCAGCAGCCCCAACAGGAAUUCCAUCAUCAGCACCAGCAGAACAUGCUCUUUCAAUCGACAACACAACAGCAACCUCAGCAGCAAAAUCCAAAUUUUCAACAAAGGUUUUGAUUUUAUAAAGGUGUCAUUGUGUCUUUUUCAAGAAUGAAAUAUUUGUUAUAUGUGUAAAUAUUUUAUAAAUUGAACAGUAUACAAUAAUGUGAAACUUUUACACUAGGAUCUUGUAAAAUAAUAGAGGAACAAAUAAAAGUAAUAUAAAAAAAGUUUUCUGUGUUAUCUUUAAUUGUAAACAUUAAAUAAAAAAUAAAAUAUGUUUAUCAAUUUUAUCAUUCUGUGAAUUAUUUAAAAAAAAAAUUCAAUAAAAAAUUACAUGAUACACGUUAAUAUUUUUUACUCUCUACGGUCAAAUUUGUAACAUGAAAAA